AUGGGCAUUGCACAGCAUUUUGCUUUCACAAACAUUGUAUUCGAAAUAAGCUGUGGAACUAAAAGAGACUUAUACGCUAGAAGAUACUGUUCUGGAUUAUGCUCACGAUCUGGUGCACAAACCUUUUACUGUCAUCUAGGAUGCGUCGAGAGAUCAAACAAUACAGAACAAUACUCUGAGUGCAUAAAGAAUUGCACAACUCAUAAUGGCUACAUGUGUAAAACUGUUUGUAUUCAUGACGAAGAAGCACCUUUAGUUAGUUGUUUAUUUGCCUGCGCCAAAAAUAAUCCUCCGACUGAAGAAUGUGCAAGUGGAGAAAUAAACGAUGCACGUUGCGGUUCACAAGUGUGCUACAAAGAGGACACAGACUACCUGGAAUCACAUCAGUGA